UUGAAACAGAUGUAGUGAAACCCAAGGCGGGUUGAUGGCAAAGAGUGCUUGAAGGGUUGGUAAGACUCUAAACCACAACCGCCCUAGUCAAGAUCAAAAUAAUUACUUUCAGAAAAGGGAUAUUUACCGAUGAAUCGAGUGUGAGGCGCGCUCCAAGACUACUAAUGCCGGUGAGAAACAUUCGUACUUCAUCGAAUAUGCGGGCGCCAAACUCGACGUCUUUCUUGUCCAAGGCCUACAACUUUUUGAAAGGCAAAACUUCGAAGAACGACGAGAACUUUUACGCCAAGGCCAAGACGCCUUUUCCGAACGAGAUUUACCCAAGUCUCUGUGAGCCGAUCGACGCUAAAGGAAUGGCAGAGAGUUCUUGGAAAAACAGAAGAGUUUUGGGAGAAAUUACCAAUCGCACUAAGAGCAUGUUCAAUGACCGGGAGCUAAUGAAGCAAAAGGCGCGAAUUAAACCGUUCAGUACUCGAGCUGCAGAGAAGAAUUGCUUAGAGGAAAAGAAGAUAAAUAACCAAACACAAGGAAGGCCAAACAACAAGGCUUUCUCGUUGGAAGGCGAAGAAGACGAAGAGGAAGGCGUUUUUGCGAUACAGUUGAUCAAGCCCCAGAAUGGUUUUCUUGGUAUCGUUUUGGUGGGCGGAGCUGACACACCGCUGGAAAAUCAUUACGUCAAUGAUAUCUUGCCCAAUUCCUCCGCGUCCAAAUCGGGCCGCGUCAGAACAGGAGACGAACUCCUGGAGGCAAAUGGCCAGGCCCUUCGCGGGAAAACGCAUGCACAGGCGCUAACCAUCUUCAGGUCUCUCCCAGCUGUGGUGACGCUGGUUGUGGCAAGGAGUAAGAACGCGAAUCGCUCUAUCAUGGAACGCUUUAACCAAGAGAAAAAAGACAACAAGAAAGUAAACAACAAUAUCGUGUCACCAAAGAAAAGGCGAAGCAUUGUAGAGGAAGCAUUCAACUCGAGUGUCAUUGCCAGGCCCCUCUCAUCCGUAAUUGACGUCACAAAAAAGAAGUGUCCGUACUCUAAACCUGUCAAGCGAGUUUCUCGCAUCUCGUCUUUCUUGGGGACAGCAGAAGGUGAAAAUGACAGAGGUGAAACACAAAGAAGAAACCAUGAGGUGAAAAAUGAAAAUGGAAACAAGAAAAGUCGGGAAGAACCAGGGAUAUACCCCCUGUCAAAGGACUGGGAAAGAGGUCGAUCAGUUGAUAAACCGUCGAAAAUUUACGAGAAUGAACAUACGUCAUUCUUCCUCACCAAAACCUUCAGACGUUCAAGCACUAGCAGAAGGAGCGUCAUCAAACGAUGUGAUGUAAGAGCAACGUGGCCUGCUUUCACUAUAAAGCAGCGACUACCUCUCCCCUGGGAUUCGUUCGCAUCUCCGAGACCAGCAAAAGUCAGCCGAAGCUCCUCGGCUCGUGUUCGGCGUAAUAUGGCGCCCACUUCGGGAUCCAGCUGGUCGUUGAAUCAAAACUCGAGCUCUUCGGCUCGGAAGUUUACAGGAAAGCAUUACAUCGAAAAGAAAACUAUCGUUGUCGAGGUAAAGCGGGAAAGUACAGUCACAGAGUGGGGAUUUUCUGUCGGAGGGGGUGUAUGUUCCCCGUACGGGGAUCUGCCAAUUUUCAUUGCAGAAGUCUCACCCACGGGGAAUGCCCAAGGAUUUUUACAGAGUGGAGAUGAAAUUGUUGAUUUUAGCGGAGAGAGUUUAGAGGGGGCAACGUUUUUAGAGGCAGAGAAGAUGCUGCGAGGAUAUACAAGAAAGAAUGCAACAAUAACAAUCAAACGAAAGUUUCUUCAACGGGGUCAAAACCCGCACACCAAUCCUUAUGCCGAGGUGUGGAGUUCUGUUAACACGAGAAAAACCACCGCGGGACACAGGCAGGGAAGGAGACCGAAAUCAAUGCACUGUUAAAACUCUGAAAAAAAAAACUGUGAACUAUGAACUAACAAGAAAAGGCGUAAAAACUCGAACGCACGCAGCCAAUGGAAAGCGCUGAAAAAUGCGCUGACCAAUCGAAACAUUUUCUGAGGUUUUCCUUGAACGAGCUUGGUGCAUUCUGGACUAAUCCUUUCUGAUUGGUUCGCGCUGGCGUUGUAGUUUUUUUAUUGUUGUUGUUGGUAAGCCAAGCAUCACCUUCAAAACAAACUAAUUUCUUAUUGAAAGCGCUUCAUACACUUAGUUGACCACAGGAAAACUUGACCAUAAUCUCGAUCAUCGAUAGUACAGAUUUCAAUUGAGUGUCGAAAAGCCAAAACCAAAGUAAUCAAAAAAGCCAAUCAGAACAAAGUUAACGUCAUCAUUUACAAAUGAAAACUCAAAGUAAAAACAGGGAACCUGCUCGAAGCGCAGGAAAACGCGAGUGACCAAGUUAGGAUUCAGUUUAUACCUGCAUUUGAUUGGUUGGCUCGAGCUUUUUAGACCAAUCACAGAGCUAAAAGCAGCUUAACCAAAGCAAUUCUGAAUCGCUUUCGGCAAUGGAUUGAAAACUGCUCUACGAGUUUCUUUGAUGAAAUUAGAAGCCUUUUGUCAGCCUUCUAGUAGCAAGACAAAACGAUUAUUUUUUUCAAAUUACUUGGAAUUUUAACUUCAAAGCUGAAACGUCCAAACUCAGACGUUCUAUAAACUGGUGGAAAAGAAUGUUCACCCAAUUUUAGGAUAAUAUUGCUUUUGCCUUGAUGUGUAUAUUUUAAAUCCUCAUCACCAUUGUAAGAUUUUUUAGCGGUUUGAUAUAGGGAGUAAAAACAAUGUUUUAGGAUCUAUUUUCCAAAAAAAAAAAACAAGCACAGGAACAAGUGAGCAAACAAUACCUUUUGACAAUUAGUCAAACAGCAAAAAAUGGGGAAAAACCAGUGUAAAAGUAUUUUUAUCAUGUAUAGUAAAACAUUCCAAAAUAGUAGUAAAGGCUUCUCACAGGAGUAGUUACAUUACCAAUACCAAUGGAUUGUUCUAUUCAUUUUUGACACUACAACAGCAAGUUGUUGUAUAUAUUUGUUGAAGACUUUGAUAUUUGACUUAGUUUAAGAUCAUGUAGAAAAAAUUCAAAACUUUUUAGCUCAAAACUUACUUUGUUACAAAAACUUUUAAAUUAUAAUUUAUUAAUCCACAAAUUAUAGAGAAAGUGUAGAAUUCAGUGGGUUUUGUUC